UUUUUUUUACAUUGAUAAAAAUGCUUAACUAUGCUACCGUUGAUGAGACAUAAUUAUUAAUAAUAUUAAAUAUGCCAUGGUCACCUUACAUUCCCAAUUAAUUAUGAAUUGAAUUGUAAUUGAUAUUGAAUCAUCAUUGCCAUGUCAAUCUCAUAUUCUUGACCAUGCAACUACACUAACAAGGUCCUUUAUAUAUAACACUGAUGUAGUGUAAAUCUUUCUUAAAAUUCAUCUUCAUGAUUUUGGUCUACCAUGACAAUGCGAGGACUAGAAGGAGAUGAUCUCAAACGAUCCUUGAAGGAACUCAUUAUUAGCUGGGAACCUAUUAUUCGAGACACUGAAUCAUUUGAUCAGGCUGAAGACAGACUUGUUCAUUUGGAAGAAAAUGAUGAAAACUUUCACAAACAUGAUUUUGUAAAAGCACUGAAAAGAAAGUUAGAGGAAAUUCUAAGUCCUCUUAUAGAGGAAGAACCUGAAAGAAAUUCUAUGGCAGGUCACAUUGAUAGUCAUGAAAGUCAAGUGAAUAGUUUUAUUGAUCGUAUCAUUGAAUCUAAGGAAUUCACAGAUUUCAAAUUAAAACUGGGUAAAAAUAUGAAUGAUGCUGUGGAAACUCUCUUAGCCAGCUUUAAUGAAAGUUUUAACAUUGGUAGACUGAGUGGAGAUGCUGAAGGAGUGGAUCCACUAAAGACCCCAAUGAUCACAGACGAUGAGGAGGUAUCAUCAUUUAAUAGCUUAUAUGAUCAGGGGAGUGUAAUGCUGUUUAACCAAGACUAUUUGAAAACCAUUGCUGAAAAUCUUUCCAAAACCAAAAACCCAUCUGUGAGAAAAGAAGCAAUGCAAAAACUGAAUCAGUUAAUAUCAGGCGAAAUUGUGCACAACAAAUACUGGGUGCAGCUCAGAAAAAAUCUGUUGGACAUACUUGCUGACCCAGAUGAACAAAUCUCAGAGCUGAGUUUUAAGUUUAUUGCCAAGUCAUUUAGUCAUGCCUCACACUAUACAAGUCAGGUUUAUGUUUUACUUGCUGAUUUUUUAAACACUCAGUUUAAGUCAACUAGUAUGAACUUUGUUAGCAAAGGGCUAGACUUCACUAAUAAAUUUACAGUCAAGCUCCUCAAGGCUUUUCGUUUGAUGGUUGAGUUCCAACAGGAAGCACCAAAUUAUUGGGUACGUUAUCCCUUGACGUACAUGGAUGAAAUUGUUCAGAGCACUCUUAACUUGAUAACACUUCAACCAGCUCCAUCACAACAGAGUAGAUUAAUGCCCUUGCAUUUUGUUGCUGUCUUGGACCCAAAAGCUCUCUGGUUUACUAAAUGGAUGCAUGGCAAUUACUGCAGAAGUGAAUUGUUAAAACAUUUGAAGCAAUAUAAAGUUAUUGUGGAAACAUCAGUCAAAUAUUGCAUGGGAUUUUCAAAUACACAUAGAGUCUCACAUGAAAGUUUAUCUCAGAUUUCUGAAGAGUUCUCUAAAAUAUCAAUUAAGGAAGAAGACAAGAGACUCUACUACACUGGGGCGGAGCUGGAGUACAUCCUAUUGAUGCACUCCUUGCACUUCAUUGGUUGUCUCUUGUUGUAUGAAAAAGGGAGAGCACUGUUUCCAAUCAAACUCAAAGAUAGACAAGCUCCUGUGAGUGUUUUCCAGCUGCUAAAAGCUCUUGUUCCUCUAAUCAGAGAGACAGGGGAGAUUGCAACCAACAAAAAAUCUAAUGCCUACAGGAUAUCAUCUCUGGUUACAGAGGUUCUCAAAUCACUGUGUUCAACUGAAACCAUCUGCUCUAUUUGUUUUUGUAAGGAUGAAAUAAUGCAAGAACUUCUCAGCCCUGUGGAACAGUAUUUAGAUGAGGCUCCAGAUCAACUUCCAAGUGAGACUACUCUGCUUCAUAUUGCUGACAUUCUCUGUGUCAUAGCCACAUCCACUAAUGGCAGACGCCAACUUCUUUAUGGGGAAGGAAAGGAACUACUUUCUGAAAACAAAUCAUCCUCUUCAGCUCACUUGAUAGCAAAGUUUACAAGGAAAGCACUUCUCAAUAAAUUCUCUAACUCUUCAUUGGCUCCUUCCAAUGCCGUCACUGGAGCUUAUCUUUAUGUUUGUCGGCAGUUGUACAAUACCUGUGAAGGCCUUUUUUUGUUAUCACAGUAUGAGCUACACAAGUGUAUAGUGGAUGUUUGGAAUAGUUUACAGAAGGAGAAACAAAACACAGCUAGUUCCUUUGGGAAACUUGAUAAAGAGACCUACAUGGAUUUAUGGAGCGCAACUUUACAAGACAACUUGCUGAACUUUGCCAGCACAGCUAAAGGGAUAUUACUCUUACAUCAGACUGGAGCUUUUAAUGAAUGUGUUCGUUAUAUGUAUUCAAGAUAUGAGAAAAAAUUGCAAGUGAGUAAGUGUGAAAAGUUUGGCUAUGGUGUAAUGGUGACUCAAGUAGCUGCCACAGCAGCAGGCAUUCAAGCUUUACAGAGCACAGGUUAUAUCAAGGCUCUGUUGGUGGAACUUUGGUCAUCUCUAGAAUGUGGACCUCAGGAUGUCCCUGUGUUUACACCAAAGUCUUGGCCUAUUGAUCCAGUGGAUAGGAGCUCACAGAAGCAUUUUGUCAGGUUGGUCAACAUUCUCUCUGCAUUUCCAGCUGUAUAUGAACUAUUGAAAGGGGAACCACUGCCAUCUAAAGAAGUGUAUAGUUUGAGAGAGAUUCCAGAGUCCAUAAUGGCUUUGAUAGAUAGACUGAUUAUUGUAGAUUCAUCAGCCAAAAUUCACUCUUUGUUCAACUAUGAACAGUCUCACACGUUUGGGUUGAGAUUGCUGUCUGUCAUGGUAUCCUGCCUAGACACAUUUCUUCUCAUAGAGUCACAGUACAAGUUUCAAGAGUUUUUACUUCAGGAACAAGAAAUGAAUAGAGUAGAAGAAAGUGACUUCAUCAUAGUUGAUGUACUAUCACUUGAAAGAAACUACAUAUUAGUGAAAACCUUUUUGAUUGGUGGACCUUCAGAAAGAACAUUACCACUAAGGUCUUUAGAAAAUGACAGAACAGAGAUUGUAAAGCCUCCAGCACUAUUUUCUUCUUACCCCAUCCCCAAAGAGUAUCAACCAAAUAUUGCUGGAAGAGCUGCAGGAAGACAAGACAAUGAGCUCAGUAAAUUUCUGAGUUCUCCAAAAGCAGACAAAAAACCUAAAGUCUGGCUGGAUAAAUGUCGAGAUUUAUUUGUCAAAACUUUAGUUGCUGGGUCUGAACAUUCUAAAGGAAACACACUGGUUCAUGUUAUGGAACAGGUGGUUGAUUGUCAAAGCCAUAUGCAAGAAGAAGCUGUUUUUCAUUUGUUUGAUUUCACUGGUACUGAAAGUGCAAUAAAAAACUACAAGCUGUCUCCCUUACAAACUUUAGGCAUUAAAGUGGCUAUCAGAUAUGGAAUCCACUUAAAGGUGAUCAGCGCCAGUUCAGAGUCAACAGAAAACUUGACCAGGUUAAUGAAGUUGACGGGAUGUUUCUUGAAACAACAGAUGAAGUCUUUGAAAUCAUCUCUACGUUUCCUAGAAGGAACCUACCCUGGAUUUGAUUGGUUUACAGCAACAAUAUUUCUCAUGUACAAUGGGAACACAGAGAAGGCUUGGCACUUUUUACACCAUUUGUCUGCCCUUGGCACUUCUGGUUACAUUUGGAUGGCCAGGCUCCAUGCUGCUCUUCUCCCCAAUAAUAUUUUGUCCAGUGGGAUGUCCCCUUUGUUCUCCAGCACUGCCCACAAUAUUGAGUUGUUACUUCAGACAGAGCUGCCUCUUGUUGUCUCAGCCUUUAAAAUGUCUGGAUAUACACCCUCUCAGAUCUGCAUGCACUGGCUAACUCAGUGUUUCUGGAACUACCUGGACUGGUUGGAUAUCAUGCACUAUGUGGUCAUCUGUGUGGUACUGGGUGUGGAUUACCAAAUUUACCUGUGUGUGGCCAUCCUAAAACAUUUACAGGAAAAUAUACUGUCACACAUGCAAGAUCAAGACUUGGUCAUUUUUCUAAUGGAGGAACCAAUAAAAAAUUUCCAUCCUAUUGAUGAGAUCAAAUACAUGAAGCAGCUUGAAAAGAAAUAUAGGAAAAUUGUUUUGCCAGAUAUGAUGAAUAUCAGUAAACCAUAACAAGACCAGACUGAACUUAUCAAUGCUACAAACUACUGAUGACAAAAACAUUGAAGUACAAUGUUAACAUUUUUUCUAAUGUACCAUUUUUUGUUGUUGUACAAUUUGUGUCAAAAUUUCUCUUGUAAAAUUUCCACAUGUUCAAAUGAAUUUAAUGAAUUGUUCCAAAUGAUUUUUUUUUUGAUGUACACUUGAAUGCCAGGCAGCAUAUGAUCAAAUAAUUGUUUUUCUUGUUAAAAUUUUGUACAAGUUUUUAUUUAAAAAUCUGUGGUACCUCACUUAAUGCUUUGUUGAUGACUCCGUCCCAUAUUUACUGUGUCUUUAUUGAAAGUCUAUUAUUUAAUUUAUCUUUAUUAUCUAAGUUUAUUUAAAUUGUAUUUUCAAGAAGUGUUUCUACAACAAUUAAUUAAGAAAAUAAAACAAAAAGCAUCUACUGAGAAAAUCCAUCAUACUUAACAAAUAAUCAACAAGUCUCUGGAUAAUGUUCUUGUUUGAGAAAAAUCAAGUUUGGCAAUUUCAAUCUGAUUAGGAAGGGGUGGCGGAUGGGUUACUGUACAGUAUAGUAAUUGAUGUUGAUUCACUUCAAUAAUUAUUAAGUUAGCUAUUUUUUGUGUAACAUUUUUGGACAACUAAAAAUCAUCAAUGAAGAGUUUUUUUAACUUUAUGUUGUCCGAUUUUCAAUUUCUACCAGUUUUUGUUGUAUUAAUUCUAAAAUCUCUUUGUUCAAGUUAUUAAAUAAAAUCACUUCUUUGUACAAUG